UUGUUUACCUCGGAGUUUGUCACGAGCUCUCUCCCAUCAUUUAUACUCCAAUCAUCAAGGGAAGAAAACAUGGAAAGUGUAAGUGAGUCUACAGUCUUUUUACUUCUAUAAAAUUUAUAAACGUUUUAUCAAUUGUAGGAGCAGAAAAAGUUGGAUGGUCUUCAAGCGUUAGCGUGGACUAAAGAAAUAUCAAGAAUUAUGAGAGUCUGGCCUCUAGUUCCCAAUUAUUAUUUAUUUUAUUUUCACGUACUUUGUUUUAGUUAUGCAAUAAUUCUCCAAGUGAUAGAUCUUUAUGAAUCAAUUAACGACGUGGAUAAGCUUAUUGAUAACUUCACUGAGAAUUUAGCUUCAACGAUCGUCUACGUGCGAAUUGUAAUGCUUCGUGUGCAUAAUUAUCAAACUGGAAAAUUAUUGUCCCAAGUAAUUGAAGAUUACAAUGCCAGUGUUUUUAAAAAUUCUUAUGAAAUCAAAGUGUUUAUGAAGUAUGUUAAUAAGGGUAGAUUUAUGUUAAAACGUUUGAGUAUUUUUAUUGUUUCUUCAGAGUUUUUUUAUUCCCUCGACCCAUUGAAUAAUCAAACGGUAUUUAUCAUGCUUUAUACCAUUUAUUGUCUUUGGGAAGUAAACAUUUCGACGCGUUAUUAUUUAACAUACUUGCCCCUUGGAUUUUUGGCUUUUUACAUGGUCUUCGGAGGCUCUACGGUGGAUUACAUUUUAAUAUCCCUGGCUUUUUCGAUUAAGAACGGAAAAUUGACUGUAUUGACAGUGAGAAUCAACGCGCUUUAUGGCGGCCUGGAUUGCAGGAAAAAGCUUAAUAAAAUAAUCGCCGAGCACAGUCGAUUAUUGAAGAGCCCCAAUUGUUGCAAAGCGUUCUCCGAAUAUUCUUGGUGUACUUUAACGAUAGAUUGUGGCAAAGAUUUUCUUUAUUGUAUUAAAAGAUCUCAAAAACUUUUGGGACUAGAUGCUGGAAAAUUUACGACCUAUAGCUUAAUCGCUUUAACAGUUGUAAGUAAAUUUUACUACACU